AGCGUAAUGUGGAAGAAUUGAAAAAAAUCAUCAAGUAUAGAGGCCAAAAGCAAACGCAGCAGUUGGGCGAAUUAUAAAUUUUUUGUUGAUUAAUAAUUGCACGCAUAUUACGCUAGCUGCAUCGACAAUAAAGUGAAUGCAGGCGGCAUCUCGAUUUGGGUAAGAUAAACCAUCCAAAUCGAUCAGCAGCAGCAAAUAAGUCCAAAUAAAUUCAAAGAAGCGACGACGACGACUACGACGAAGAGCCAUACACCGACACACACACACACACAUACGCAUACAAGGCGCACACACACAGAGUCCAGUGAAAAAGUGCAAGCCGCGAGCGCUUUUGGAAGGCGUGUGUGAAGCACACACACACACGUAGAGGGGCAGCAGCUUCCAAGAAAAGUCGAAGAGGAGCAUGCAAAUGUUGAUUGCAAUUCCACCAGCGGCCAGAUGCUGAUCUGAUGCUGCUUGCAACCACAUUUCCGUGUUUUUAGGACUGGCGAAAAACACCCAAAAAUUAGAAAAAAACAUCAUCGAAUAGCGCGGCGACCGCAAAUAGAGCUCAUACAUACAAUAGACUCGCACUCACACACAUACACAUACAGUGAGAAACACGCACACCAGCAGCGUUACUCACACACACAUACUACAAACGCACUCCUAAUUGGGCGCAGAGGAGCCCCAGGGACAGGAGAAGGCGAAACCAAGAACAACAACAACGAGGCUGGCGGCCUGGAAGUGUGAGCGAGAGAGGACAGGAGCCACUGUUGAUUUACAGAACAACAAUAACAACGUCGUGAUUGCAGAAACAGCAACAACAAUAGCGUCAUCAGCAGCACCAACUACAACAAUAAGAACAGGAACAACAACAAGAGAAGAGUAUUGGCGAAAACUUUGCAUUGAUGGUAAUGCAUGCUAGAAAACCGCAGCGUAUGAACGAUGGGUACUUUGAGAAGCAUACCAGUCACACAUCCUACCAGAGCUCAAAGUACAGCAGUUCAAAGCGCGACUAUGAACGCGAUCGUUCCUCCAACUAUCGCGAUCGUGACAUCUCCCCAGGCGCUGGCGGUGGCGGCGGCAGCGGUGGCGGAGGCGGUGGUGGCAGCGGUGGCGGUGGCGGACCAUUGAAUAAUGGCAAUAGCUAUCGCUCACAAUCACCGGACAUAGAUUCGCCCUCAUCACGUUCGCAUGAUUUACGCGAACGCAGCGAUCAUCGAAGUGGAGGCGGAGGCGGUGGUGGUGGCGGUGGCAGCGGUGGAGGUGGCGGCGGCGGUGGCAGCAACGAUCGUUACAGUUUCAUACAAAAGAUGCGCGAUCGGGAGCGUGAUGUUUACAAAAAGGACAAAUAUUCCGACAAACGCGAUCGGCGUGGCAAUGAUCGAGACUCGGAGUCGUAUCGCACGAAUCAUGACAGGGAUCGUCGUGGUGGCGGCGGCGGUGGCGGAGCCAAGUUAUGUUCAUCGCGCGACAACGACAAGCGUUCCGGUUCCGAUGAUCGGGAUCGUGAGCGUGAGCGUGAUCUGCGCGACAAGCGUGACAGAGGCGCCGAUCGUGAUCGGGACAUGUACAAGAAGGACAAAUACGCAGACAAACGCGAACGCAGCGAUCGCGGGGAACGUGUUGCUCGCUAUGGCGACUGGAGUGAGCAUGUUAGCUCAUCUGGCAAAAUGUAUUACUAUAACUGCAAAACUGAAGUCUCCCAGUGGGAGAAGCCUAAGGAAUGGGUGGAUAGAGAAAGGAAUCUGCCGCGUGAUCAGCAUCGUGAGAAGGAUUACCGUGACAAGGAUCGGGACAGAGAUCGCGAUGAUCGCUUCUCAAGAUCAACAUAUAAACAUUCCAAUUCAUCGCGCGACAAUUCACGACUGAGAUGGAAUUACGACAACGAUGGCGGUCCACCAAGUCAUCGAAGGCGCUUGGAUGGUCGACAUAACGACAACGCUGACAUGGAUAUCAGCGGCGACUCGACGCCCACCUCGGAGGCCAGCUAUUCGUUGAGCGGCACACCAACCACACACGGUGGCAGCGGCGGCGGUGGCGGGGGCAGCGGUGGCGGUGGUGUUGGCGGUGGUAUACAGUCUAGCGAAUCACAGAGCGCAUUAGGCAAUGCACUGCCACGACUCGCCUCGCAUCCAAAUCCCAGCGCAGUCGUCACACCAAUGGGUGCGCAUUAUGGUGCCGCAUCCGUGGGCGCCACAGGUGGCGGCAGUGCAGCAGGUGGCAGCGGCGGCAGUGGCGGUGGACCUGUUAGCGGUGCCACAAUGCUACCCACCAGCGGAUUGGCUUCGGUGCCAGCUGGCAUUGCCAACAGUAGCAACAGCAGCCUUAGAAACUCAGUUGUCGGACACAUUGGCUCCACCUCCAGCACGACUGUUCCGACGCUGGCGAAUCAGGAGCAUCAUCUGAACUCGAAUGCGCCCGGACCGCCUGGGAAGCUGGUUAGCGGCGGCAAGGAGCAAUCAAUGAUGAUGCGACAGAAGCUUCAUUUAGGACUAAGUGGCUUAGAUCAUCAUAUGCUCGUCGCCGGCAGCGGCGGCGGUGGCAGCGGUGUGGGACCCACAGGCGCCGGCAGCGGAUCCGCCGUCGAUGCCGUGAAUCAUGCCUACAAUUCGGUUAACAAUGUAUCUGCCAGCAGCCUAAGCAGUUUAAGAGACAACAGCCAACUCAACUCACCACUGUGCAUGCCGCAUGCACAUCACAGUAUGUCGCCAUCGCUGAGCUACACAAAGAGUCCGAUACCAACGAUCGUGGGUCACACGAAUAAUGUGAAUGCCAGCAACGCCUAUACCUGCAAUGCCCCAUUCGGUCUGAAGAGCGUCGAGGGCGGCGUCAGUGUUGUGUCCUCCUCACCGGCAGCAAAUGCGAUUGGCAAUAGCAAUGCGAUUGUUGGCAGCGGCGGCAGCAGCAACAACAUUAGUAGCAGCGGCAGCAGCAGCAACAGCAGCGGUGGCAACAGCAGCAUACCUGGCUUGGGGACUGUCAGCGGCAUCAGCGUCAUCACCUCCAUGGGCAGCAAUAGUUUGUGCGGCAGCGCAUUGACUGGUGGCGAGGGGCCGCCAACGCCCACGCAGGAAUUAGAUUUAAGUGGCUCAGCUUUAGAACAACACCAACAACAACAGGUGGCCGCUGCCGCAGCAGCAGCCGUCGCCGCAGCAGCACUUGCCGUCGCCCAAGCGACGCAACAGCUAGCCGCGCAACAGUCUCAACAGCAGCGUAAAAUGGAUGGCAGCGGUUCAGCCACACUCAGCACGCUGCAGAGUUGCGUCAGCUCUGUGCAGGCAUCCAAUCUGAGAGGUCCCGAAAUAUCGCCCAAAUUGGCCAAAUACUUCCGCGCCGAUUUAAUUGCGCAUGUGACCAACUGGCAGGCGGAAGUUUUGGAGCGUCAGGCACAGAAAUGCUGCGAGGACACGCAUGUAUUUGGGGACCUCACCUGCACUCGGAUAUGCGCUGAGCUGAAGUGUGCGCGCAGUUUAGUGCGAACCACGGAGAUCAACGCUACGCUGCAGGAGCAAAAAAUCAUGUAUCUGCGACAGCAAAUUCGACGCAUUGAGGAGUCGAAGACUCAGAACGCGUUCAUGUCGGACGAUACUUAGGAUCAGGAGCAAGUUAGGCUGCGCGUGCAUCGCAAGCUGUCAGUCAGGCUCAAAAAGAGCACACUCUGGCGCAGCUGAUGAUGAUAAUAGUAAUGCCCCACCUGUCGACGUCGUUGUCUCGCCCGUUCCCAAAAAAGUGCAUGAUGGCUAGCUAGUCAGCUGCUUCUUUAUAUUCAGAUCAAUGGAUCGAUAUCAUCGAUUUGAAUGCAUUGCUUUUGGGAUGGGUGCGGGGAGACAGGACAGUGUUUUUUGGGCUGGGCAAUUAACGCGUGCAUCCUUCUUCGUCCUGCGGCUGGCACAACACAACGCUUGUCGACUGGUGUCAAGUGUCUUUGCUGGUGGCAGGCAAAGGUUGCAACACCAAAUGGUCGAUGAGCCAAACACAACAACAACAGCAACAGCAACAACAUCAAGAACUGUAACAGAAACAUGAAAACAACAAAACAGAAAAUAUAGAACUCAAUCAGCAGCUACAGUGAAAUCGAGAACAACAACAGCAAUAAGAUGAUGUUGAUGGCGAUAUGAUAGAGAAGAGAGAUGGAAAUGGAGAUGAAAAGAAAAACACAAAAAUAAAACAUAAUUUAUAAUUAGCAAAGCGUAAUUAAUAACUUAAAUAAGCAUGAACCGAAGCGGCAAUGCUGGGCCUAUGUUGCCGUCGUUAUCUAAGGAAGAACAUCAACAGCAACAACAAGAAAAACAAACCAACAAUAACACCCAAUUAAUAACAAUCGUAACAAAUAUUUAGCAAAAACAAAUUCAACACACAACAACAACAAAGACUACAGAAAGCAAAGGAAAAAUAGUAAACGAAGCAAAAAGAAACGGUAAAAAUAAAAGGGAAAUCAAUUUAAGAAGCAAUAAGAUAAAGAAGCCUCCUCGUAUCGAAUCGAAGCAACAAACAAAAAAAAAAAAACAACAAAUUUAAUUAAAACUAAACAAAAACUAAGCAACAAACACCAACAACAAAAAAAGAACAGAAAUAAAAACACACACAAUGAAUGCAAAAACAAGUCAACCUAGUAUACUCAACUGCAAUGAAAUGCUAAUUUAACUAUAUACAAAUUAUAUAAAUAUAUAUAUAGAGUAUAUGAAAAUUGUAUAUUUACAACAACAACAACAACAA